UUCAAAAGAUACACCUCCCGCAGCGCAAACAAACCACCCUCCCACUUACAAAGUCACAUGUCUCGGCCCCCUCAAAUGAGAGAAUGCGACGCAGGGAGAAGACAAACCUCCCCGUUUGCGUUCGCAUUCCGCUGCGAAGGCAGCAGUCAACCGAGACCGUCUCGCAGGGCUGACCCUGUCGUUUGAAGCGAACGGGGCAGUGUUCAAGUUUAACAUGUCGAUCACCGGAUCAGUGUAAGGCACCAGGUCGAUGUUUUGAGUCCCGAACGGCGCGGUUGGAUUUCGGCGGCCGUCCCGACUUCUCUCGGUUUCCUGGCGGAUCGCAGACUACUCGACGGCGGAUACCGCCACUUCCCGUCCAACCUGCUUGCGCCUUUAAGGCAGGCCCCGCCCCCUGGCGUAAUUCAAAUAUUUGGCUCCUCCCCGGACUUCCGUUUUUGUUCCUCAUCGCGAGCGGUUGUAAACAAAAUGGGCGCCUCUCUUGACACUCCGUCGCCGUGUUCUAUGUGCUACGAGCUGAUUCAGAGGCCCGUCAUCUUAAAGUGCAACCAUCGCUUCUGCCAACGCUGCCUGGGAGACUUGUGGAGCGUUUCUCCCAACGGGCCGUACCGUUGUCCCCAAUGGAAGUGUACAACCGUCUACAAGACCCUGCCGUUUGACUUGAGUACGGCGGGGCCGUCGCCCCGCAGCCCACCGCCGCAGCCUCGCGGCGCCGCGGGCGAAUCCAGAACGGAUGGGGCCAUUACUGUCAACACGACUGGCUUUACACUGUGGAAGCCCAGCACAAUUCUUGGCAAGAGAAAAGCUAGCAGACAUGUACCAGAGCAAGAGGCAAACACAAAGCGACUAGCUGUGGACCCAGGUGCUGCUGGCAAACCUUCCAGUGACAGCGAGCAGCCCACCACACCAGUGUCAGGUACAUCUAGCCGCUGGUCUACUGAAGUGGAGACACCCAUGAUUGAAGAGAGACCAGAAUCCUCCAAAACCAAGGGCAAUGUUAACAUCUCAUCCAGAGACCAGCCCCCUUGCAGCAGUAUAAGCAAUACGCCUGAAGUUGUCUUCAUCUCCCAGAACAAGCCCCCAUCAGAACCGCCCUUAAUAGCAGAUGACUCAGACAACUGCAGUGAAGUAGAUACAUGUGAUGCACCUGUACCUGCAACCCUCAAAGAAAAAAAUGAAUUGUCAGGAAUGCAUUCACCGGUAGAAAGACCUACCUCCCCUGCCAACUCAAAGUCUUCUCCUCAGGUCUCCACUCCCGGUAAAGGCAAGUCUCCUUUGCACCAUCUCUCCAGGCCAUCUCUGGCAUUCACCAAACUUCCUGCAUCCACCACUGCUUACCCUGCAUGCAGCGGUCUCUCUCCCAAGCCACAAGGAGCCAGUGGCAUUCCCAUGUCCUGCCAUUACUGCCCCACUCCUGGGCAGCAGCCUGCUGUUAAGACCUGCCUAGUGUGCGGGGCCUCCAUGUGUUCAGAGCACCUGCGUCCCCACCUGGAAUCCCCAGUCUUCCAAAACCACACCCUGGUGGCUCCCAUGGAGGAUAUCUCCCUGUGGAGGUGCCAGGAGCACCAGGAGAUAAACCGCAUCUACUGUCGGCAGUGUGCGAUGUGCGUAUGCACUGUGUGCACUGUGAUAGGCUCUCACCGGGACCACCGCUGCAUCAGCAUCAGGGAGGCAGAGAGAGAGCUGAGGGGAAACUUGAAGGGAGAGAUUAAACAGCUUCAGGAAGCAGAACAAGUGUUCCUGAACAGAGUGGCUGAACUCAAGCAGAAGAAACAGGAGUUCCAGGUGGUGUUGACGGAGGCGAGGGCUGGAGUUCAGCAGCAGUACGGGGCCAUAAAGGAGGCCCUGGAGCAGGAGGAGCAAUCAGCCCUGCAAUGUGUGAGGCAGGAGGAGAACAGGGCCCUGGGGGGCUUAGAGAGCCAGCUCAGCCAGCUCCAGGGCUCCCUCAUCUCCGUCCAGCAGGGUCUCCACAUCCUGGAGGGUCUCGCAGAUACCCAGAGGGACGAACAGGUCCGGGAACAGGCCUUCAUUAUGGAAUACAGCAGGACAACCCAAAUGGUCAGCGACAUGGGAAGUGUUGUCGAAGGGGUGACAGUAGGGGCUCCAGAAGAAGUGAACCAUGCCCGACUCAACUGUCUGCAAAAGUGGACAGAGAAGCGCCUGAACAACAUUUUUCUCUCUCUGCCGGACAGAGACUCCUACCGAAUGCUUUAUGGGAUCGUCCCCACCCUUGACACAGACACAGCCCAUCAGAAGCUGCUGCUGUCCCAGAACAACAGGAGAGUGAUCUACAGCGAAGUCCAGCAGGCCUACCCGGAAGACGGGGCUCGAUUCAGCGCCUUCCCUCAGGUCCUAGCCUCCCGGGCGGUGGAGAAGGGACUCUGCUACUGGGAAGUGGAGGUGCCUAUAGACGAGGGCCGCUGGAAGGUGGGGUUGUGCGAGGGGCAGAUAGGGAGGAAGGGGCAGAAGGACAUCUGUCGUCUCGGCUUCAACUCGUACUCCUGGUGCCUUGCGAGCGAGAAGGGGAGAGUGGAGGCCCUGCAUGACAAGGUGGCUGUUCCCAUAGUUACCGAGGGUCUGAGGAAGGUGGCGGUAUUCCUGGACUUUGAGGGCAUCUUGUCAUUCUUCAGUGUGACACCAGGGGGCAGUCUGACCUUACUGCACAAGUACAAGCACAAGUUCACUGAGCCACUUUACCCAGCCUUGUCUGUGUCCAAAACACAGCUGACCAUCUGUGAUCUGUUCCAAAUGUCAACCACACAGUAAUGGCAAAAUGUGACUUUAGACAAAGCACUGUAACUUUCUGCCUUUUUAUGAAAUGUUUUUAAUCGCUGUCAAGUCAACAUAGUAUAUCUUAUGAUAGGAUGUAUACUUGUGCCAGAUCGAUGAAACUCUGCUUUAAUUGUGCUGUCAUAUAAAUAAUGCAAAUGUGAUUUUAUAUCAUUGAAUAAUUCAGGAAAUUUACAAUUUUUAUAUGGAAACUCAGUUUACCUUUUACCAUACAGAACUGGAUUGCAUAUUGCGGUAGUUUACAAUUGGGCUUCUUUCUUCUUUUUUUGUCCACACAUGUGAAGAGUAAAGUGUUAAGAGAGCUGAAUUAAAAUGUGAAUUA